AUGGCUCCAAACCCUCCGUCGCCUCCGAGGGGAUUCCCUCAAGCUGCUAAUGGACCGCGCUUUGCAAACCCAUUCCCUCAGCUACCAGAACAGGCACUACUCUCCGAGGACAUAUCUAUGCGAGAAACACCAGACAUGUCAGGCGACAUCAACAGUCGCUUAAGGAUAGAGUCUCCCUCGGACGACACAUCGGAGGAUAGUCUCAUGUCGGAUUCAGACUCAGAGCCAGAUGAGACUCUCACCAAGUCUCGGCGUGGGUUGCCGAUCUCUACGCUUCCCACUGGCCUGUGCUAUGAUGACCGUAUGCGGUAUCACGCUGAAGUAGCAGCGACCAGUGCCGAAAAUGUGCAUCCCGAAGACCCCCGGCGGAUCUAUUACAUCUUCAAGGAACUCUGUGAAGCUGGUCUGGUCGAUGAUAAGGAUUACCCGCCUAUGGUGGAGCAGCCCUUGAGGCGGAUCGACGCCCGAGAGGCGACAAAGGAGGAGAUCCUUCUGAUCCAUGAUGAAGAAGACCAUUACAAAUUCGUCAGGUCGACAGCAGCUAUGACGAACGCGGAACUCAUAGACCUCUCGGAAAGUGCCGAGCAGGAUUCAAUCUAUUUCAAUCAGCUCUCGUUCUUUUCUGGGAAGCUAUCCGCUGGCGCAGCUAUCGAGACUUGCAAGGCUGUCCUGGACCGGAAAGUCAAGAACGCAAUCGCCGUGAUAAGACCGCCCGGUCAUCAUGCCGAGCCUUUGAAACCCAUGGGCUUCUGCCUCUUCAACAACGUGUGUAUCGCCUCGAAAGCCUGUCAAGUGGAUGCGAUACUCGGUCAAGAGUGCAGGAAGAUCCUCAUUGUGGACUGGGAUGUACACCACGGGAACGGCUGCCAACGGGCCUUUUACAAUGACCCAAACAUCCUCUACAUCUCCCUGCACGUCCAUAUGAACGGACAAUUUUACCCGUCUGGCCCUGAAGGCGACAUGUUCCACUGUGGCGAGGGUCCAGGCCUGGGGAAAAACGUCAAUAUACCCUGGCCCUCGAAAGGCAUGGGAGACGGCGACUACAUCUACGCCUUCCAGUCCGUCGUCAUGCCCAUUGCGGUGGAGUUCGACCCAGAUUUCGUAAUUGUUGCAGCGGGCUUCGAUGCCGCUGCUGGAGACGAACUGGGUGGUUGUUUCGUCACGCCGGCCUGCUACGCUCACAUGACGCACAUGCUCAUGUCCCUUGCCGGAGGAAAAAUUGCAGUCUGCCUUGAAGGGGGAUACAACUUUGGUGCCAUUUCGAAAAGCGCCCUCGCAGUCACGCGGACAUUGAUGGGUGAACCGCCCGAUCGCUUGCAGGCCACGGCCGCGACAUCCAGUGCCAUUGACACUAUAGCCAAAGUCCGAAACGUCCAGUCCAAGUAUUGGCGGAGCAUUUAUCCCAAGGAACCCGUCGCAGGCAUCUUCGGAGGAGAGAGGUUGCAUGAUAUCAUUCGACGGUACCAGGCGAUGCAUCUCUAUGACAAGUACAAGUUGACACAGUUGCAUAUUUUCCGGGACACGAUCACCAGGUCGUUUGAUCAGCAGGUUCUGGCCACGCCGAACUACGAAACCAAGAAAGCACUGAUAGUCAUCUUCCACGACUCACCUGAUCUUCUCGCCUCGAAUACUGGGAUCUCCACGCAACAAAAACCACACGACACAUGGCUGGUUGACGGCACACAGUCGUACAUUCACUGGGCGACCUCGCAAAACCACGGCGUCAUCGAUGUCAACAUCCCCGAAUUCAUCACCGUCCCCGCGCCCGCGCCCGCCCCUGCGUUACCCGCAGACCAACCAGGCAUAAAACCCGAGCAACAGUACGGAACCGCCGGGCUACUAGACCCUGCAUCUGCCGCCACAUCCACUCAACACCAAUACAGCACAUCCACCUCCGUCGAGUACGCGAGCGGGACCAGCGACCUCGCGCGGCGCGAGGGGGAGAAACUCGCGUCGUACCUCUGGGAGAACUACAUCGAGCCCUACGCCUUCCCGCACGGCAUCUUCCUCGUGGGCGCGGGCCACGCGUUCCACUCCGUCGCCAAGCUCAUCUCCGACAACGACACCGUGUACCCUGCGCUAUCGGGGGUUGUGGUGUUCAGCUCCACCCAGCCGAUCCGGCCGGUUACUUCGGGCACGAACCACUGGGUGACGGGCUGGUAUCGGGAGAAUAGUCUCGUGUAUGUGAGCGAGAAGCACAGUCUCUGGAAGAAGGAGAAGGAGAAGCAGGGGGGCAAAGUCUUCUCGAAGCGGUAUGGGAGACUCGUCAAGAGUCCCGCCGAGGUGUUGAAUGGGAUGAUGCUCCUGCAUCGGGAGGAGGUCGUCAGGUGGAUGACGGAGCGGAUCGAGCAGAGGAGGGAGGCUAUGGGGAGCAGUGAGGAAGAAGGAGAAGAUGAUGAUGAUAAUGAAGAGGACGAUGGUGAGGAGGAUAGCACAAAGGCUGACGCGGACGGGGAUAACGAUGCUGAUGCAGCCAAGAAUGGUCAGGCCAGUAGUGAUGCCGACACAAUUGAUGAUCCGGCGGUCAAGGGGGAGAGCGGGAAUGGAGAUGGAGGUGGGAUCGUUGUCAGCGCCGCAGGAGCGUCACCGCUCACAGGGGCUCCGUUGUCGAGAGGAGAUGUGGUUAUGACGACGGAGCAGUGA